AUGGCUGGGUCAAAGCUUGCGAUGAACAAAAUAUAUCGCCAGGAACGCCAUGUCCAGGACAAACGAACAUCGAGCAAGGCCAAGCGCGAGGAGCGCAUGCGCAGGAGGAAGGAAGAGGCGAAGGACCCCGAAUUGAAACAAGAACGCCUUUCACGCAAUCAGACCAAAACCCUCGACCAAAAGCGAAAAUGGGACGAUGCAGAUGAGGAAAGUCUUUACACAAGCGCCGACGUGGCGGCGAUGAAACGGCGCAAGCUGGAGGAGGAGCAGAACGGGGCCGCGGACGAGCCUCUCGAAGAGGAGAAAGAUGAGAAGGACGACGAGGUGGACAGCAUGCUGGGAUCAGACGACGAGGAGGAGGCGGCCGAAGAUGCCGUGCAGGAGCGGAUAGAAAAGAUGCGCGCGAAACGGGCAGAGCGCCAACCAAGUGCAGCACCCUCCACAACAAGCACAAACUUCGACAUGACACCCGCCGUACUAUCAGCCAAGUUCCCGAAUCUGUUCAGCGACGAGCCUCCGAAAGUCCCCAAAGUCCUCGUCACGACAUCCAUCAACUCGACGCUCCACAAGGAGGCAGAGCUCCUGACGUCGCUGUUCCCCAACUCCGAGUAUAUACGACGGUCGGCGGGUCGCUACGGGCACAAGUACAGCGUCAGGGAGAUUUGCAAGUACGCGUCCAACAGGGAGUACACCUCGGUGCUGGUGUUGAACGAGGACCAGAAGAAGCCCAACCGGCUCACGAUCGUGCACCUGCCCCAUGGGCCGACGCUGACAUACUCGGUCAACAACUGGAUAGAGGGCUCGAAGCUGCCCGGCCACGGGAAAGCCCAGGAUGCGUACUACCCGGAACUGCUUCUCAACAACUUCAAGAGCAGUCUCGGCCUGCUGGCGGCGAAGAGCUUUCAGACAUUAUUCCCUCCGCAGCCUGAUAUCGAGAUGCGGCAAGUGGUCACAUUACACAACCAGCGAGAUUACAUCUUCCUUCGCCGGCACAGAUAUAUAUUCCGAGACAAGAGGGAGACAGAAAAGAGCGUCCAAGCAGCGGACGGGAAAGAACUGCAGGGCGUCGAACAGAUACGAGUCGGUCUGCAAGAACUCGGCCCUCGGUGCACACUCAAGCUGCGCAGGGUGGACAAGGGCAUCGGCCGGGCGGGCAGCGAGGGCGAGGACGCGCUGUCGUGGGAGUGGAAGGCCAAGAUGGAGAAGGAGCGGACGAGGUUCAACCUGUAG